UUGCAUUCUCUCUUCACUUUGUUCUGUUUGUUUGUCCAUUUUUGUAUGAUCAAAGCUUGAAGCUAAAAAUGUAUCAUAACCACCACUUCUCUCCUCCUCCUUGUUUGCAUUGCCACCCUCAUAGCUACAUAAGGAUGGUUCAGCAUCUAAUAGAAAGGUGCUUACUUCUUCACAUGAACCGAGACCAAUGCAUAAAGGCACUGGCGGAGCACGCCAAUAUUCGCCCACUCGUUACACUAACAGUGUGGAGGGAGCUACAAAAGGAGAAUAAGGACUUCUUUCAAGAAUAUUUCCAUGCUAUCUCUCCCAGGCCUUUCAUGAGUAAGACCCCAAAGACAAAGUUAAUUUCUUCUAAAACUUUUAUUGCUGGUGAUCGUUGUUGAUUUGUACCUUUCACAAAUUUGGUAGAUAUAUUCGAAGAAGACCGAGGUUCACAAGAAGGAGACAAUGGAUGUGAAAGAAAAUCAAAGGAAAGGAUCUUAGAAAUCAUAACUUAUUGUUGAAUGAUAAGUUAGAUUAGUUUACGCAAGAGGUGUAUAAGCUUUUUGUGUGUAGUGUUAAGAUAUAUAGAUCGAUAUACAGUAAUUUUUCAUAAAUAUAUCUUUUUCCUA